UAGGUUGCAUUCGGAAAUGAAUUAUUUAAACUGCGGAAUAGAGGGUGGAGUUAGUUACAAUGCCAAUCAUAUAUAGGAAGAAACGCGGGCGCAUUUUACUCAGAACAGACUUGCUUCAUUGCCUUUAAGUAUCUACAAAGAGACAUCAUGCGUGAGUGUAUCUCCAUCCACGUUGGACAGGCAGGUGUCCAGAUUGGUAAUGCCUGCUGGGAACUCUACUGCCUGGAACAUGGAGUCCAGCCAGAUGGGCAGAUGCCAAGUGACAAGACAAUUGGGGGUGGAGAUGAUUCCUUCAACACCUUUUUCAGUGAGACUGGUACAGGAAAACAUGUCCCCAGAGCUGUUUUUGUAGAUCUGGAGCCUGCCGUUAUUGAUGAGGUGCGUACUGGGAGGUACCGCCAGUUGUUCCACCCUGGGCAGCUGAUCACAGGCAAAGAAGAUGCUGCGAACAACUAUGCCCGUGGACACUACACCAUUGGCAAGGAGAUCAUUGACCUGGCGCUGGAUAGGAUCCGCAAACUGGCGGACCAGUGCACAGGUCUUCAGGGUUUCCUGGUGUUCCACAGUUUCGGAGGCGGCACUGGCUCUGGAUUCACCUCCCUCCUUAUGGAGCGCCUCUCUGUUGACUACGGCAGGAAAUCCAAGCUGGAGUUCUCCAUAUACCCAGCUCCCGAGGUGUCUACAGCUGUGGUGGAGCCCUACAACUCCAUCCUGACCACCCACACCACCCUGGAGCACUCCGACUGUGCCUUCAUGGUAGAUAAUGAGGCCAUUUACGAUAUUUGUCGAAGGAACCUCGCCAUCGAGCGCCCAACCUACACCAACCUUAACAGGCUUAUCAGUCAGAUCGUCUCCUCCAUCACGGCUUCCCUUCGUUUCGAUGGCGCCCUCAAUGUUGAUCUGGCUGAGUUUCAAACCAACUUGGUACCAUAUCCUCGCAUCCACUUUCCUCUUGCUACUUAUGCCCCAGUCGUUUCGGCUGAGAGAGCGUAUCACGAGCAGCUGUCGGUGUCAGAAAUCACUAACGCGUGCUUCGAGCCAGCCAAUCAGAUGGUGAAGUGUGACCCUCGUCACGGCAAAUAUAUGGCAUGCUGCCUUUUGUACCGUGGCGACGUGGUUCCCAAAGAUGUCAACGCUGCUAUUGCCACCAUCAAAACCAAGCAUAGCGUCCAAUUUGUGGACUGGUGCCCCACUGGUUUCAAAGUGGGCAUCAACUACCAACCACCUACGGUAGUUCCUGGUGGUGACCUAGCCAAGGUCCAGAGGGCUGUGUGCAUGCUGAGUAACACCACUGCUAUUGCAGAGGCCUGGGCUCGACUUGACCACAAGUUUGAUCUGAUGUACGCCAAGCGUGCAUUUGUUCACUGGUACGUGGGCGAGGGCAUGGAAGAAGGUGAAUUUUCUGAAGCUAGAGAAGACAUGGCGGCUCUGGAAAAGGAUUAUGAGGAGGUUGGAGUCGAUUCCGUUGAUGAUGAUGAAGAGGGAGAAGAGUAUUAAAGUAUUUUGCUCAGAAUUAAGGUUAAAGAGUUCAAAUAUUUGUAUCAUUCCUUACCUGUAUUCUAUUUUAUAAAAUACGUUCUAAUAAAUCCUGGACCAUGUGUCUUAUUAUGUAGUGAACACAUCUAUUAUAUUUUUACAAACCACAAAAAUGUUAUUUGUGUGUAGUAAUUCACAGACAUACACAAUUGGCCUACAGUCAAAUAGGUAUUUGGAUAAAAGGCAAAAGAACAGUGGCUCCCCAAAAAUGACUACAUUUUAAAGACUUGUGAAAAAAAUGGUGCAAUGACUUGAAUGACAUUCACUAGAACAGAGGUCACGGAACCGCGGACCUCGGUCUGGUUCCGGACCCCCAAGCCGUCUGGACCGGAACUCAAGCUUUCCGGACUAAUACAGGUUGCAACAACUAAAAUCAUUUUUUUCUGCGGGUUUGCAGAGUGGAGGCGGGCAACAAACAAAAACCUUAGCGGUGACGCGCGUGAUCCAGCCAAUGGGAGUGAAGCAUUUGAAAGUUAUUUUUAGAACAGCAUGUCUCACACUCGCUUUGCAGACUCCGCGGAGUGACAGCCAAAAACUGAGCCGAAUGAAGUUGGAGGAAGAGGCGAAAAGGUACGGCAAAUGGCGUGCUCAAAACUUCGCAAGAUUGAUGCAGAAAACAGUGUUUAAGGAGAAGUGGACCAACACAUUUUUGUUCAUUUUACUGGGCGGCAGCACAAGACCACUAGGCCUCAUCUGAGACUCAUUCAGAGACGGUAGCGCUUGUAAAAAGCAGCAAUUUGAAAAGGCACUAUGAGGCGAAGCACGCAGCUUUUUUUGCAAAGUUUUCCGAUGAACUCUGCCAUCCGUUCUCAAAAAACAGCGGAAUUAAGGGCUCAAUAUGAUCGCACCUCAAGGCUCAUGGUUCAUUUAUUCACUGCACAGCAACGCGCCAAUGAAUUCUCCCUCAGAACAGCGUGAAUAUUGGGUCAAAACAAAGUCUUUCAGUGACGCACCAAUUGUCAAAGAGUGUAUGAGUGUAGUUGCUGAAACUGUUGAUGGAAAGCAAAAAGAAGAGGUCUGUCAAAAAAUAAAGCAAAUCCCCCUGUCAGCAUCCACAAUUAAAAAAGUAUUGAACAUGCUCUUAUGUUGCUAUUUAAUGAUUCAAUUGAAGCACUUUUUUAGUUUUAUGCACCUUUUGUAUUUUAUUUACAUUUUGGAAUGUUGUAAUUAUCAGCAUGGCCACGUCAAAAUACGUUUGUAUUUUUUGGGAAAAAAGAAGCAUUAAAAAUAUUUCUGGACCCGA